UGUGUCCGCUGAGACAGGUAGUGACGCAAUCAUGGCGUGCGCUGCUGCGACUCGUCUGACGGCUCGCUGGUUAGCUUCAUCACCUUCUUCUGGAUGUGUCAAUGGUCGUUUUCUUUGCAUAUCUCCUAGAAAUGGAGGAGUUUGUAAAGCAGCCGUCUGGCAGGCGAACCGGAGAGGGAUAGUCGUUAGUUUCAGUUCUUUCGCGCGUGGAAAUGUUGUGACAUUGACAAGAGUGACAGGGGGGACGUGUCCCCGUGGGACUACCUGUCACUCUUUCCAUUCCAGCUCCAUAUUGGCAAACAAACAGGACUUCUAUGAAGUAUUGGGUGUCUCCUGCAGUGCGUCACAGAAGGAGAUAAAGAAGGCAUACUAUCAGCUGGCAAAAAAAUACCAUCCAGACACGAAUACCAAUGACCCAGAGGCCAAAGAGAAGUUUGCCAAACUCGCUGAAGCUUAUGAGGUUCUGAGUGAUGAGUUGAAGAGGAAGCAGUAUGACGCUUACGGAACCACUGGCUUCGACCCGAACCGCGCUGGAGCUGGACAGCAGCAGUACUACAGGGCAGGAGGCUCCAGCAUCGACCCGGAGGAACUCUUCAGGAAGAUUUUUGGCGAGUUCUCUGGGGGCAUGGGCUUUGGGGACAUCCAUAACAUGUUUGACCAAAGGCCUGAGUAUGUGAUGGAGCUCACAUUUACUGAAGCAGCAAAAGGCGCCAAUAAGGAGCUGAGUGUGAACAUCGAGGAUAAUUGUCCAAGGUGUGAUGGAAAAGGCAACGAGCCAGGCACCAAAGUGUCUCUCUGUCACUUCUGUAACGGCACAGGCAUGGAGUCGAUCAGCACCGGCCCCUUCAUGAUGCGCAGCAGCUGCCGGCGAUGCAGAGGGAAAGGGUCCAUCAUAAACACUCCCUGUGCUCUCUGUCGAGGUUCUGGACAGACCAAAAAGAGGCACACAGUGGCUGUUCCUGUCCCAGCAGGAGUGGAUAAUGGUCAGACGGUGCGCAUGUCAGUUGGAACCAAAGAAAUCUUAAUUACCUUUAGAGUCCAAAAGAGCCCAGUGUUCAGACGGAACGGAGCAGACAUUCACUCAGAGGCCUUUAUCUCUAUAGCUCAGGCAAUCUUGGGAGGCACAGCGACAGCACAGGGCCUGUAUGAAACCAUCAGUAUAGUGAUUCCUGCUGGUUGUGAAGCGGAUCAGGUGAUUAGGCUGCAGGGCAAAGGGAUUCGGAGGAUGAACAGCUUUAGUUAUGGAGAUCAUUAUGUUCACAUCAAGAUCAAAGUGCCAAAGAAAGUGACGCAAAGACAGCGCUCUAUGUUACUGAGCUAUGCAGAAGAGGAGACUGAUGUUCAAGGAACCAUCAAUGGAGUCAGUCCAUCAACAGCAGGGGGCAGCAAGCACCAAGGGUCUGGUACAAAGCAUUCUACGUCUGAAGAAAAGCAAGAGCAGAAGGAGGAGGGAGGCUUCUUUUCUAAACUAAAGAAAAUGUUUAGCUAACACUUGACUGCAGAUUAAAGGGGGGAAAAAACGCACAAAGAAAUGAAAAGUAGAGACGAAAUAAUUCCACCACCUGAACCUCCAAGCUGCAUGUCACAGAUGAUGUGCAGAGAAAGGAAGGACGGACAGCAGUAGCACGUGUGGACUCGCAUUGGUGCUAAAUUGGGCAAAUGGGUCAUGUAGGGGAUGAUUUCACCUACCGGUACAUGCAAAAGGGCUUGUGGCCACAGAGAUGUCUGCUUGAGGAACUCAUGAGCCAGUUAUGGAACAAAGUGUUUACCUGCUUAAUGUCACCCAAACUAGUUUGUUUCUGAGGUAAAUCUCUACCUGGUGAGCAGAAAUGGGAGAAAAACACUCAGAUUAAAGCUGUCAAUAAUAACCAAUAUUUCUUUGAUAAAAAUGAACAGUUUUAACAUGCGUGAAAUAUGUCUUGUUUUUGUAUGUAUAUACUUAUAUACUUGUUAGACACUUUUAUUCUGUUAUAAAAGGUGUAAUUUGGUCAUAAAUUAAACAGAUCUAAAGUGUU